CGAAGUACCCCUCAGCUGCAGAGGUGUUCUCUCCGUCGGGCCGUCAACAUCACUGGAGACUUCUUGACAAUGAUAGCUUCAGUUGGCCAACCUACUCCGACUUACACCUAGAACCGGGGAGACUCUGAUUGAUAUGGAUACCCUGCUCAACAACAGGACCAUUGGGCGACGAAGGGAAAACGUGACACAAAACAAGUCAUGGUUUCGACCACACUUCCUUUCUCGAAGGGGGGCUCACCCCGCAAUUUAUCCCCCGCCUAGCGUCGAUCCCGAGCCCCGACCAAGCGCUCCCCAUGUCUUCAAAAGGCCAUGUAUCCCGCGGGAUUCAACUCUCUUCAUUCCACCCCCGCAAAAUCGUACGGUCGUCUGCUCACCCCGCUCCCAUUCCGGCAAGCAAACCCACCGCCAACGGCCCAUUCAGAGUCGAGUUGAUUACUCUCCGAGGUAAAGGCAGAGAGAAGCGUCAACGGCAAACAAGGGCACAGUCACACACCGCAAUACACCUAGGAGAUACCCGAACAGAUGGGCUCACAGUCGGAUGACUUUCGGACUUUUGCGUAGACCUCGGCGGGCGAGAGAGGAUACGAGUAAACAUAAGGCUCCGAUCCCCUCCUCCGGCGGUCGGGACCGUACAUGAAGCCCCGACGCUGCUGUGACGCCUGCCGGCGGCGUCACCGUAAAUGUGUUGUCCAACCCGGCGCGACGGGUUGCGGCGCCUGCUUCGAGGCCGAUCUCGAGUGUCACUUUGACACGACUUUACGCUUUAAGCAUGCGCCGGGUAGCUCCAGAAAGGCAGCUCUCUCCGAAGACAGAGUUCAGAAGGCGGAUCACCGAGCCCGACGCAAGAGCGAAGUAAGUCGUCUAGACGACGAAACAUCCGAGGCAUCCUCAUCACCGGCCGUCCAGUCCGUUCGCACAGCGGGCGACAGAAGCAACAGCUUUACAUCUCACCCAUCCCCGCACGGCUUGACGCCAUAUGAAGGACAGCUCAACUUCGACUACUCACCGCCGGCAACGCACGCGUUCCGGGCCGAGGCCCCGGCACAACGAUUCACCGGACACGGGUCUCACGGCGACGGUAGUGCGCCCAUCGGCUUUGUGUUGAACAGCGGGCCGCCGCAGGAAAGCCGACAACACCGGGAUAGCUUCGCGUCAAGCCCCGGGUAUCUCGACUCCGCGCGAGAUGGCAUCACCUCGGAUAGCGGACAGUGGCAAUCGGGAGAGGUGCAGCCACAGCUCCAGAUUUCAUAUCUCUUAGGGGACUCGCCGUCAACGCAGGCCGGGUCUUCACACCAGAUUGCCUCGGAGCGUGCUGAGAGUCUCAUUUCGGAUGCGGAAUUCCGUAUUCAGCCCGUGGACCCCGAGCAUUGCGGAUUUACCGGACGCCAGGCCUUCUUAUUUCGCACGUACAUCUUGAGAAUAGCGCCUUCAAUUGAUGCGUGCCACGAUGCUCGCCCCUUCACGCUUGAAGUCCCCCGCCUUGCCCUUCGCAAGCCGAUCUUGCUCAACGGCAUCUUCGCCCUAGCCAGUCGUUUCGACACGCAGGGGAACGACGAUACAAACGAAAAGUCGGAUCUGGAGAGCACGUACUACCACAAUCGCUGCAUCGAACUGCUCAUUGAAGCAUUCUCCCAACCCCCGGAGACGUGGGACUCGAUUCUGCUAACGGCUGUCGUGAUCAUGCGGCUCUACGAAGAGUACGACAACGAGACAGACUCCCACUAUCACCACCUUCGAGGCACGAGGAACCUGCUCAAUCACGACGCUAUUGCCCGUUUCGUAACGCAGGGCGGGCUGGCUGAGGCCGCGAGCUGGGUCCACCUACGACAAGCACUCUAUGUGUUCCUAGUUCGCAGGACGCCAAUCGAGAUUUGCCUAGAAAACUUUGAGAGGUCUUCUACGUUCAGAAGCAACGACGACACCGCGCAUGCGAACCGAAUCGUGUACCUGUUUGCGAAAGUGCUGAAACUCUUCUUCCCGGAAGACGGAUCGGGAUUCAGCACGAGCAGCUCAGAGACUUGGGAGGAGUUACAGAAUGACGUUGACGUGUGGUUCAAAGAGAAGCCACUAUCUUUCCAGCCCCUUUUCUAUGAACGGGCGGAUGUGGCCAAGGGAAGACCGUUCCCGACCUUGUGGAUGGCCGCAGAUCCAGGCACUGUUGCACUCGGGUAUUACUACGCUUCGAAAGCGAUAUUUUCCUUCCAAGAUUACAACAGCUCAAAUCCGACAGCAGGAUUUGAGGGAACGAAGAAGAGGAUGGACAGUGAGCGUGAAAUCACGUUCUCUCUAUGUAUGCUCAUGGGCUUGGCCCGGUCCAAUGAGGCUGUUAACGCAUACUACUUGCCCGCACAUAUGCUGUCCUUGUGCGGCCAUUUAAUAAGACAUCCGCUCGAACGAGAACAUACAAUCAAGUACCUCGCACAAGUAAGGACCAUCGUCCAAUGGAAGACAGGGGCGUUGGUAAAGACUUUGAAGGAGCAAUGGUCACAACUUGAUAGCUUUCAAUCAAGAUGACUCAAUUUCACUGGCUAUGUAUCAUGGUCGUUGUCGACUCUAUCUCUUCUCUUCACACAAUUUUGCAUCGCGGAUGCGUGGGUCAGGACGUUCUCGGCAUCCCGCGCAACAGCCCUAGUCGGGUUAAACGCCAUCAUUGAAGCUGUAAUGCUUAUCCCAGCGCUAAUGUCUGUUAGAGACGUUCUUCAAACAAGGCAAGUAGGCAGAAUAUGACUUACAGUAUCCCAUGGGCGGCGCUUGUCGACGAAGCGCAGGUCCGUUCCAAGUCGGAUGCGCCCCUCGGGAUCGUAGUUCUUGGUUGAAGCAUGAAUCUAAUAUCGCAGUCAGCAAUUCGCAAACAUACUUCCUGAUGUAAAAGCGGAGAAAACUUACCAUGUGCGCUGAAUGGAAGACAACAUCGCCAGCCUCGUACGCGCUCACCAGCCACUUCUUCCCAUACCGUCGUCCAAAGUCCGCCGGCCCAUCACACAAGAACCCCGUGCUCAUCAUAUUCGCAUUGAACGCAUUCUUUGUCUCCUCGUCGCUCAUUCCGGCCGCCUUAGCCUUCGUUGUAAACUCGUUUUCAAUCUCCUCUCCAAGCUUCUCGCCGUCCUGCAUGUAAAUCAACCCGCCGCCCUCGAGCCGGACGUCUCCGAUCGGCACCCACGCCGUCACGGACGUCGGCUCGCCGUAGCGCAUGAAGGACUGGUCAUAGUGCAC